UGACCGCUCCAUAUGCAAUGUAGCUUUAUAGUUUUUAUUAUAAUGUGUUUACAAACUAAUUGUUUUAAUAACAACACGAAUGAGAAAUAUUUUUAUUUUAGCUUUUUUAAGCCAAGAGAUGAAGAAUGGUUCGAUUUGAGAUUAAAUCUCGUAUCGGAGAAUGAAUCGUAAAUGAAACCCAAGCUUGACCGAAACUGGUCCAUGGCGCGCCCCCAAACUAAAAAUACUGGCCCCUCACCUUCUUCAGUUUUAUGUCAAGUUCGGCUCAUUCCUGGAAACUGUUAUGUUCGCUUUACCUUAUUUUAAGCUGUCUCGGUUAUGAGAAGCAGGGAAAGAUGCCACCUGUGAUGAAUCCAAAAGUACCCAUCAUCUGGGUUCUAGGUGGCCCUGGCUCCGGUAAAGGCACUCAGUGCGACAAGAUCGUCGAGAAGUACGGCUUUACCCACAUCUCCACCGGGGACCUCCUCAGGCACGAAGUAGCCUCCAAGUCCGAUAGGGGGCUGGCGCUGGAGGCGACCAUGAAGGAAGGUCUCUUAGUAACCAGUGAGGUUGUCAUGGAGCUGCUGGCUGAGAAGAUCAAGAAGGAAAUGAACACUGCUAAAGGUUUCCUCAUAGACGGCUACCCAAGGGAAGUCGAACAGGGCCGACAAUUUGAAAAAGAGAUCGGCCAAUGCGAUCUUGUUCUUUACUUUGAGUGCAAGGACGAAACGCUGAUAAGUCGACUCCUCCACAGAGCAGAAACAUCAGGUAGAGAAGACGAUAACGCAGAGACGAUCAAGAAACGCCUCAAUACCUUCCACUCACACAACGAUCCCAUCAUUCAAGAGUUCGCAUCAAAGACCAAAAGGGUGGAUGCUGAAGGAACAGUCGAUGCUAUCUUCGAACAAGUUGUAUCCUCCAUCGAUGCCAUCAGUAAAUAAGAUCUCGCCACUAGUUUUAUAUGAACACGUCUAAGUGCCAGUAGCUAUACUUAACAUUUUUACGAAUUUAACACCAAAAUGUGAUUCUAUCGAAAAUCAUUGUCGUUUUAGUCAAAUUGAGCUCAUGCGAAUUUCAAAUUAUACAAACUACGCAGAUGUUACACACAAUCUAAACGUAUAGUUAUUCGGAUAGAUAAUAUGAACAAGCAUUCUUUUGAUGCAUGUUUUUCUGAUUAAAAAUGAUGAUUGAAAAAAAUCGAUCAAUUAUUAAAAUUUAAUUUAUUUAAUAGAUGCAAAAAUUUCACACAUGGUAAGUAGAUCUUGUUCUUCAUUAGUGUUGCCCAAAUGCGAGACCGAGACGAGUCUUGGUCUUGCAAACUCACUUGCAAACUGAUCAUGAUCUUGGUCUUGCGCAAGAGUCUCUCAACAGUCUUGCAGUUACUUAUUAGCUUAUUACUGUAAUUUUUUUAGAUAGGAGAAACCUAACUAAGCCCGAUUGAAGAAUUAUAGGAGUUAAAUGCAAAAGAAUAUUGGCUAUACCAAUUAUUUACUUAUAUUAACUAGGCUAGGAUUGUCAAGUAUUAGUAACUAUUUUGUCAUAAUUU